CAUAUUUGCCCGGGCCCAGAUCCCGGCUAAGUCGCUGCUAGAUUGGAAGUGUGCGAUUGGGCCAAAGUUAUCCGCAGCCCCCAUACAAUUUGAUAAAAGAGCCAGGCCUUCCUUCCUUUGAGCUCAUCCUCUGCCAGGUCCCCUCUUCUCGAUGUUUGCUAUCCGGCAGUAGGCAUCCAGUCUAACAGAUUCCUCUGUGUGUGUAAAGCCAGAAGAAGGCCUGCGAUGGGCUUCCUCGAGUUUCUAAGUCGCAAGACGCAGCAUCGGGCUUCAGCGACCAUAACCGCCCCCGGUCGUCGACGAGGACGAUCAGGGCAUGAGACGGGCGCACUGCAGCGACAAGGAACAGCAGAGUCAGAAACGGAGACGGCGACGCGGGAUGGGUUGAGUGAGUACUUUGAUGCGUUUGAGGCAGAUCUCGCUGGUGCUACUGCUGCUGUACCGCCUAUGACUCGUACAACCGAGCAGCAGCAGCAGCAGCGUCACGCUAUUGGGCGUGUUGGUCGAGAGGAUACGGCGAGUACUGAUUCUGCACGUUCACAAGAAACGUGCAUGACCUUGAACGGGUCGAUGCUACGACGUGCCGGUCGAGCGGAUGGCGAGCAGAUCUUACUGGCUUGGUUGAGUUGUCAGGUGUAUCUGACACGACAGGAGUAUGCUGCUCGACAAACGGUGCAUCGGGAACAAGCACGGUUUGUGCGGCCUAUGGAUGGACAGGGGCAUGCUUGUGUGUCUCGGGGCAUCUUAGGAGACGCGGAUGGAGAGAGGGUCACGGGUAUACGGUAUGAGACGUGCUCUGCGGUUGCGAUGGCGCGACCGAUGGGUCUGUUGCUGUGUCAAGAGGAAGACGAGGGUGGUUGGACACGGACACAGCCUGGGUGUGAUCCUGAGCUGGACUGGGCUGAGCUGCAGCGUGGAUAUAGACGCAGCUUGCAGUCGAGGGCCAAGCGACGGAGGUGAUGGAUGCUGAGAUAUAGGUGGAUGUGCGUCGAUAUACCUUGGUCCAUAGUGCAUGAUCUUGUCAACAUCAAUAUUGACAGAUACCCAACAAGGCCUACGCAGCCUGGACCCUGCUAGACACAGACCAAGACAUGCGGAUACUCAUCAUCAACCCAAAUUCAACCAAGGACAUCACCCGCACCCUUGUUGCGGCCCUCCCGCGCUACGAAGGCGUCCUCCUGCACACCCUCGACGCGCCCGUCCCUGCACCUGCAGCGAUUCAGUCGGCCGUGACUUCUAUUGCGAGUGCCUUCUACUCCUUCAAAGCCAUCCUACCGACCCUCGCAGAGUAUGAUGGGUUUCUGGUCUGUUGCUAUAGCGCGCACCCGCUCGUUGAGAUGCUGAGGGAAUCGACCACUGCGCCCGUUGUUGGCAUCAUGCAAGCAAGUCUCGUCACUGGCCUGCAGCUGGGCAAUAAAGUCGGUAUCGUCACCACGGCAG